AUGAUUAGCUUCACAUUUUCCUCAAUAUUCGUGACUCUAAACUUUUUUAUGUCUUUAUUAUCAAGUCUAUCUGUUAAAUCCGUAGUAGUUGAAUAUAGAAUUAGGAAGCAAUUAUGGUCACCUGAGGUCAGGUCUAAGGAGAGGGGGUCAGGGGGACAACGUAAGCAGGAUCUAGAACUAAGAGUGAGGACUUCGAACAUAGGUAUCCUAGAAGCCAAGUUGUUAGAGUUGGCAAAUGAGCUUUCCAAAUACAGGAUUCAUGUAGCAUGUGUUCAAGAGACUAGGUGGAAAGGGCAAAAAGCAAAAGGUAUAAAGGGAUAUAAGUUGUGGUAUGCAGGUUUGGACGGCAUACGUAACGAGGUUGGCAUCCUAGUGUCUAAUGAUAUCCUAAAGCAAUUGGUUGAAGUAAAGAGGUGUAAUGACAGGAUUAUGCUAGUUAGGAUAGUAGUGGGGGAAGAGAUCAUAUCCAUUGUCAGUGCGUACGGGCCCCAAGUUGGGCUCGAUGAGCAGGUGAAGUGCGAGUUCUGGGAUAACCUAGGAGACCUCAUGAGAACUAUCCCGGAAGAUGAGAAAGUUUUCUUAGGAGGAGACUUUAACAGACAUAUAGGCAGAGAUGCAGGCAACUAUAACUCGGUACAUGGAGGGUUUGGUUUGGGGGCAAGGAAUAAGAGUGAGGAGAAUUUGCUAGAGUUUGCGCUAGCAAAUGAUUAUAGCAAACUCGAUCUUUAG